CCAUCUUCCCUUUUCAAACAGCAGCAAUCGUUUGAUUGAAUACCCUUAUCGGCUCACAACAUCGACGACUGUCUCUCGACUACGUGUGAUCCGCCCGUGUGUCCCGGUUUUAUCUUCCUUGAAUCCCGUCGCGUUAUCCCGUUGAUCCAUCAUGACCGGCCGAGGCGGUGGAGCUGCUCGCAAGACCUUGCUUGCCCCCAUUCACUUCAUCUUCAAGCUCCUCCAGCAAAGAUCGACGGUGUCUGUGUGGCUUUAUGAACAGUUGGCGUUCCGGAUAGAGGGCAAGAUUCGGGGAUUUGAUGAGUUCAUGAAUUUGGUGAUUGACGAUGCGGUCGAGGUCCGACUAGCUACGAAGACGGAGGAGGAGAAGCGCCGACCGCUCGGCCAGAUUUUGCUCAAGGGUGACAACGUGUCGCUGAUCCAGGCGGUUUGAUAUCGAUAUACGAAAAGAACGACAGACCAACACGGGCGGAAAGGAAAAUUGCUACCAAUGGGCGGGAAAUGAAUGGAAAUGGUCAUCGUGUUCAUGCGAUCGCUUGUUAAUCAUCACUAUUUACGAAUUGCCGCUGGAGGGCGUUUAAUUGCACUGUUCACAUAUAUUUCAGAUCCUUGACGCGAAAGAGACGGUUUUUAGGGCAGCGGAUUUUCUUCUUGUUGGUUUUCAGUGUUGUUGGCGCACCAGGCAGCGAUCGUCGCCCACGAGGAUGAUGUCUACCGGCCAGUCAUGCUGUGCCACGGGGAUUUCUUCAGACGGGGAAAGCAGCUGCUCCCUGAGAGCGAGGGCGACCAAUGAAGGCAUUUCUGGCGUCG